UGCCAGCGCGCCAAAUCCCGGUUCUACAUUGUAUCACAGUGACGUAAGUUUACCAACCCAGCAUCACGAAACUCGCUUCAUCUUCCCGUGAUUAUUUGGCAUCCAUGGCAUAUGGCCCGACUCUCUCACAUCGCUAGACGCAGACUCAUAACUAACUAUUUGCGGAUACGCUCUAUGAUAUACUGACUGCCCUUCGUUGGUGUUUCUUUUGGGCGCACCACUCCACGAACGAUUAUUACCUGAGCUGAUUGGACUCUUUUGACUCCCACUCCUGACUUUCACUCCCUCUCAUACACGAAUUGAAACUUCACUCCGCCAAAUCACGAAAUAUCACAUAUCUCUUUGAUUUUAAAUAAAGCGAUAUCUAAUUCCGGGAUGGUACAUAACGUCCCCCAGCCGGGACCGGCCAGGUUGAAGAGAAACGCGGGUCCAGACGAGUGGCUUGAAGCUGCGAAAGAUUGUAAAUAUCUCUCAGAACAUCAUAUGAAGCAGCUAUGUGAGAUUGUCAAGGAAUUCAUGAUGGAAGAGUCAAACAUCCAGCCGGUAUCCGCCCCAGUAACAAUAUGCGGCGACAUCCACGGCCAAUUCUACGACCUCCUCGAACUGUUCCGUGUUGCGGGUGGUAUGCCGAAUGACAGCAAUGUCGAAUCGCCAACAGCCCCACCAACUAUUAUCACGUCAGAUGACAUCGAGCCACCUUCCUCCAUCACAGAUCCGAAAUUAAGAAGGAAGAUUAGGCAAAAUGUCGACGGGCCGAAUACUAGCGACGCAGAUGAAAAUGUCGCUUCUUCUGCUGCCGAUGAGAAGUCGGAGGACACAUCACAAUUGAGCGGCGUGCCCAGCGGGAAUUUUAUAUUUUUGGGAGACUAUGUGGAUAGAGGAUAUUUUAGUUUAGAGACAUUGACAUUAUUGCUCUGUUUAAAGGCUAAAUACCCAGAAAAAAUUACGCUUGUCCGGGGCAACCAUGAAUCCCGACAGAUCACACAGGUAUACGGAUUUUACGAAGAAUGUUUUCAGAAAUAUGGCAACGCCUCCGUGUGGAAAGCGUGCUGUCAGGUGUUUGACUUUAUGACUCUUGGGGCAAUAGUGGACGGGAAAGUACUCUGCGUACAUGGUGGCCUGAGCCCAGAGAUUCGGACACUAGACCAGGUGCGGGUGGUUGCUCGAGCUCAAGAGAUUCCACAUGAAGGGGCCUUCUGCGACCUCGUCUGGUCGGACCCGGACGAUGUAGAGACGUGGGCCGUGAGCCCGAGAGGAGCUGGCUGGUUAUUUGGCGACAAAGUAGCCGAAGAGUUCUGCCAAGUAAAUGACCUGACCCUGAUAGCGCGCGCACACCAGCUCGUGAAUGAGGGCUACAAAUAUCACUUCCAGAAGCAGAACGUGGUCACUGUAUGGAGCGCGCCGAAUUACUGCUACCGAUGCGGGAAUAUGGCAUCCGUGUGCGAGAUAGGCGAGGACUUGAAACCGACAUUCAAGCUAUUUUCGGAGGUGCCGGAUGAUAUGAGACAUGUGCCAAAUAUGAGGCCCGGGAGGAGCGAGUAUUUCUUAUAGAUGUUCUUGUUACAUUUUUCUCCUCUUUUCUAAUUUGGUUUUUCCCCCUUGUUUCUUUUCCCAUUUUGUCCAACUUCUUAAUGAGGUGAUGCCUUUUUCUAUUUCUAUUUUUGUCUCAUAUCAGCUUCGAGUAUCCCCAUCAUCCCCUUUCUCGCGCUGUUUUGCGCUGUAUAUAUAUACAAGCCAGUUUCAUUCAUCCGCUGCACAGCGUGCUUUUGGACUUGUGCUCCCGGUUGGAUAUGAUAUCCUUGUAUCUUCUUCAUCCAUCCAUCCAUCCAUCCAUCUAUCUAUCCACAUACCUACCUACAUAUGCUCUAGAAAUAGUGAAAAACGACAUACAAGGAUGUGUGAAGAAUGUUUGAGAGGAGCUUACAACUUCACACUGACAGACCAUCGUUUGCGUAUUGCUCUCUUCCUUCGUCUUCCUAUUGGUAUGACACUCAUAGAUAUAUAUAUAGUGCACAUGAACUUGCUACUGGCGAAACAACUGCUAUAAUCUUUCAUUCCCCAUGCUCCCUACAUGUAUAUAUCCCCUUCGCCCUAUACACAUGUACCUAUCCCAUCCAUGUGAAUCAGAACAGGCACGCAGAGUUACACGUAUCUAACAAUUUACUUUUCCAUGUCAAGAUAGCUACUACUAUACCUUAAGGUUAGAUAUAUAAAACUUAUCUCAUAUCAAUUCAAAAUUCCAUCAACUAGCCCAA